AUGAAUACCCGUCAAGUUAUUGAUGAAUCCGUGGGGCCCUUCUCCCUUUCCGCGACCUUUAAUAAUGACAACAGCUGUUUUGCUGUUGGCCUGGAUUCGGGAUUUUGUGUCUUUAAUGCCGACCCUUGUGAGCUGAAAGUAUCAAGAGAUUUUAAUGCAGGCAUCGGCGUCGCGGUAAUGCUAGGACAGACAAACUACUUAGCCAUCGUCGGUGGGGGAAGGCAGCCUAAGUUUCCCCAAAACAAGCUGGCUAUCUGGGAUGAUGCGAAACAGAAAGCGGUCAUUACUCUAGAAUUCCGCACCUCUGUACUAGGAGUCCGUUUGUCAAAGUCACGAAUUGUCGUCGCUUUACUGAACAGCAUCCACAUCUUCGCAUUCUCAACCCCCCCGCAAAAGCUGUCUGUCUUUGAAACAACAGAUAAUCCGAUGGGCCUAGCCUGCUUGGGGCAGAAGCUGCUUGCUUUCCCCGGGCGAUCUCCCGGGCAAGUUCAAUUAGUUGAGCUUGAAACAGGGAAUGUCAGCAUCAUACCUGCGCACAGCUCACCAUUACGUGCUAUGGCGCUGAGCCCGGAUGGAGAGGUGCUGGCAACAGCGAGUGAAAUGGGGACUCUGGUACGGGUAUUCUCCACCAGCAAUUGCUCAAAAAUAGCUGAACUACGGCGGGGGGUCGAUCAAGCAGUGAUAUUCUCUCUCGCCAUUUCGCCUUCGAACAAUUUAUUGGCCGUAACAUCGGACAAGUCCACAUUACAUGUCUUUGAUCUUCCUCACCCACUAAACCAUUCGCAUCGUAAUCCACUAGCAUCCCAACCAUCGGAAGAAGGAACGAACCAGAAAUGGGGCAUCCUAGGGAAAAUCCCCCUGCUUCCCAGGGUUUUCUCUGAUGUUUACUCUUUUGCAAGUGCUCCUUUCGAGAUUGGUGACGAAUCGGCACCAGGUUCUCAUUAUGUACCACUUGGGACCUCAUUUGGAAGACCUCUUAAAGGUGUGGUAGGAUGGCCCGACGACCAAACAAUUCUCGUUCUAGGAUCAGGCAGGGAUGGACGCUGGGAGAAGUUCGUCCUUCGUGAAGGCGGCGAUGGAAAGCGCUACUGUAUGAGGGAAGGCUGGAAAAGAUACUUAGGAGGCGGCUGA